CGGCAGAAAGUAACCGAAAAGUAGAUACAACAACGUGCAACCAAUAUAUACGUAGUCACCGCAGCCGGUGACCACACACACGCAGCGGUACCCACGAUAUAAACAAUCAAAACAUCGAUAUAUAUUAUCUUGUCCUCGAUCCUCUUACUCGUACCACUAUAUACACCAUUUAACGUGUCUGGGAGUCUUGGUGUUUAUUUUGAUCGACGGACAUGUAUAACGGAUUCCAAGCUGAAAGCAACAAUCCGUUCUUGAGUGAUGCUCAGGCUGCCCCUGCACAUGCCCGUUUCCCCGAUAUUUCUGCAUCGACCCUUCCACAGUCGCCGCCGCAGAUGGGCUACCAGUCUUACGACACCGGUAAUCAGCAACAGCCCUAUUUCCAACAACAACAACAGCAACAAUAUCCGCAGUUUCAAGGACAGACACCCUAUAACCAGCCACAGCAAUACCAACGGAAUCAGUAUGCGUCUACGUCUUAUAGUUCGGGACAACUUGGCCCACAAUCGACUGGCCUGCCUUUUCAGCCGUCUGGUCAUUUUGGACAACAGCUAGUGUCCCAAGUAGACUUCCAACAGCCUUAUCAACAAUAUCCAAACGGGUACCAGAACCAGUAUGCUCAGCAGCAGCAGCAACAGCAAUACGGAGGUUACCAAGGUGGCUACCAGCCUCAGCAACAAACCCCGAGUUACCUCUCUGAGUUUGAUCCAUACACACCCCACCCCACUCCUUCACAUAACAGGUCCAGUUCCCAGCCAACUAGCCUUGCAAGUCACAAUCCUGGUGGUGCGAUGCACCCUCGGGAUUAUAUUCGCCAACAUAAAGCUGAACUGGAGGCUUGGGAUCCGUACACGUGGAAGCAGAUGUUUAACGCUUGUGAUGCGCUCAGCGCAGCCUGGCUUACACGCAAGCAAGAGGCGGAAAGGGUAGUACAGCAGCUGGGCGGGAACGGUGCACCGGGUUUGUUCGGUCCACCAUCUGGUUAUCAGGCAUAUGGCAGCGAAUUUCAGAAAUGGCAACAGAUUGUGAAAGAAGCUAACUCGUAUCAUGAUACCGUCGCGGCCUCUGCAUUUCAGCUGAAAGAGGUUCACUCCUCAUAUAGACAGUCAGGAGAUGCUGUGAGCAAGCGACGCGUGCGCGAAUCUUGCAACGCUGCGCUGUCGAACUUGCCCGACUGGCCUGCACCAUUAAAUGCCAAUCAGUCUUGGUAGAAUUUCUUCACCUUGCUAUGGAUCAUCGAUCAGCAAAGUGAUUUACGUUACGAUUCUUUACGCAAACAUGUCAUUGUAUUUCUUGCUUUUGGGUUGUCCUGUUCUGCAUCUCUCUGUUGUAGACUACUGGCGCCCGCGUGAUGCUGUAUUGCUACGCAUUGGGGCGGUUU